AUGGGCUGUGCUUACGGGAGCGUCUUGGCGUCCUUAGGACGCACAGGUGAGCUGUGCGAGAGCGUCUUGGUGUCCUUAGGACGCACAGUAGUGCGAGAGCGUCUUGGUGUCCUUAGGACGCGCAUUGCUCUGUGUUGUGGCGUGGUUUUUUGCACUUCGAUAGAUGAAGAGUGUGAGAACAAAUGCAAUACUCUCACCAUUAGCACCAAGUGCCAUACAAGCACCGUAUCCUCGAGCGCCAAGCCAGUUUUUCCGUCAGCCCUUCUGUGCGAUCACUUGUAUCGCUAUGACGAAGUCGACCUGGAUGAAAUGCUACUUGCAGCCAAAUUGCGUGACAGCUCGUUCAGUAUUGAUGCGGAAACACUUGUCGGCAACGCUUUGGUUGACAUCCAGAUCGACUAUUAUUCGGUCUUCAACUGA